AUGAAUUCACGUUUAUUUUAUACCUUUAAAAGAAAUUUUACUCCCACCGUAGCAUAUUAUAAAGCAAAAUCAUUGAAAUAUCUCAAGCAUUUACCGGAUAAAUUGAAAGAUCCCAAGCAAUUACCAGAUAGUGCACGUGGUUUUUUACCGAUUCAUAGGGAAGCUCUAAACAUACAUUACAAGAAUGUAAAUUCAGCAAAUGAAAUACUUGAUCCUUUUCCGGAAAACAUCCAGAUCAAUACUGAUUUAUUUGUAGGUAAUCUUACGAGAAAAGAACUGUUGACAGCAAUAACUGGAAGUCCUAUUUUGAAGAAAUUAAAUAAUAAUGAAAUAUCACUUGCAAUAUAUCUUAACGAUGUAAUUUUAAAUGAGAAACAAUCCAAAGAAUUUCGGGAGACAUUCACGGUUUCACUCGUCAACUAUCUUCUUACGGAAUUAGAAUUAAACAAACAUCCAUUUACAUUGAGGGCCGAAUUUAGCAUAUUAAAGGAAAAUGCGCUGAUUCUUAUAGAUGAGGAUAAACACAUACGUGGUUUGAGACAACAAACAGAAAAUGGAGAAUCACAGAUAUCUGCUGAAAUUCUAGCAUGUGCCUUCACCAAUUUUAACAACGCUAUCAGUCCUACAGUGGGAAAGAGUCAAACGGUCUAUGCAAUGAGAGUUAUUGGAACGAGGUUUACACUUUACAAAGCAUUUCUGA